GAUCCACAAAAGAGCUUCGUUUCCAAUUAAUGGGCAAUAGACGGACCUAUGGGCCAAACCGCGAGGACCCUGUGAGGGGCUCUGCGGACACCGCUAUGGACUUUCCCAGACUGCUUGCCUUGCUGUUGAUAGUACUGGAGUGGACCCGGCCAGGCCUGCUGUCCCCGCUGAAGCCAAUCUGUGACCUGAGGGUCCUGAACCAUUUCAUCAAGGAGGCACGAGACGCCGAAGUCGCUAUGAAGGCAUGCAGAGAAGGCUGUGGCCUGACGGAGGCGGUAACUGUUCCCCAAACCACAGUGGACUUGGAUGUCUGGGAGAAGAAAAAUGCACUGGAUCAAGCUCAGGAAGUGCAGACCGGCUUGUGGCUUUUACAAGUGGCCCUGGGCUCGCUGCGGUCGUCGGUCACCAACACGGCUCUGCACAGCCACAUAGACAACACCAUCAGAAACCUGCCCAGCAUCAACGCCGUGCUGCGGAGCCUCAACUUUCAGGAGUACACGCCGCCGUCGAGUGCAGCGGGGCUUGAGGGGACGUGGCGAGUGUCCUCGGCGUCGGAGCUGCUCCAGGUCCACGUCAACUUCCUGCGAGGCAAAGUGCGCCUCCUCCUCUUGGACGCACAGGCCUGUCAGCAAGACGUCAGCUGAUCGGCCAAACGCCCGACUCCGGGGCGAAGGUAAUUUGUGUUUCCAAAAAAGGCAAGCGGAGGAACCUGACACUGUUGACCUGCGCGCCGGCUUGCUGGAAGCGGAAGGAGGAAGACGCGGCGAUCCUCGGGAAGCGAGGAAGGAAGGAAGGAAGGAAGGACGAUCCCAGCAAGGCUUUGGACUGGACGGGAGACGAUAGCACCUUGGAAUGUAGACGUGACGGACUGGCGGAUGUGGCGAAGCACACGCUGACCAAAAUAUAGGAAAUGCCCUCGAGAAGCACUGUUCCAAUCGCUGUCCUACUGGCACUCUCUUGCACUUUGUGUGGAUGCAUUUCGUGUGGGCGAGCUCACUGUGCAUGUAUGUGUAUGUUUCCAGUGACUCUGACCCAGACAAUCGUCUCUUUAGAGUAAAUUGUGGAGCGGAACACUCAGAAAAGUAUUGAUCGCACCGGGAAAUCUGAGGACUGCGGGGUUGCGACAGGGCGGCCGUUUCCACUCCCAUGGCAAAGAGGCAGGAAAAAAAAAAAAACAAGGCCUCAGCCACUCAUGAAUUCAACAAUUUUCAGAAGUAUUCGUUCCUUCUUUUGAAUUAUUUU